GCGGGACGAGCCCCGACGGCUCCCAGUGCCACCCGUCCGAGAGCCCCGCAGCGCGUACAACCAUGCGUUGAGCCCUGCCAAGGAGAGUGGAUGCCAAACCUGAAUUACCAGCCCAGAGAGUGGCUGUGGAUCCCGGGAGCUCCUGUGAUUUGCGGCAGGUUUUUCAGGUCCCCGCCUGUCACACACACACGCAGAUACUUAAGCAGUCACCCAAGGACCUGCGGGGUUCUUCUUUUACACCCUUCUGGCCCCUGCCAGCUCCAGUGCCUGGCCCCAUAGCCCUGCCCCAGGAGGAGAUGGCCACGGAAAAGCCAGUGACUCUCACUGAGGAGCAGCUGGAGAUCCUGGAGUACAACUUCUGCAAGGUGAACAAGCAUCCUGACCCCACCACGCUGUGCCUCAUCGCGGCUGAGACCGGGCUCUCUGAGGAGCAGACCCUGAAAUGGUUCAAGCAGCGCCUGGCAGAGUGGAGGAAGUCUGAAGGGCUGCCCUCUGAAAGUGGAUCUGUCAGGGACUAGAGGAUGCUGCUCUGAUCCCCAUGCCUCCUAUAAAUGAUGGUGAAGCUCUUCAGAGUGGGUUUUGCUGGGGUUCUUCUGUUGCAAUAGGUUUUGCGAUACAAAGUAAUACUCUGCUAUUUAACAUAAGUUUUAUUUAACAUGUACAUAACCAAAAAAAGAACAUUAUAUAUA